UGUAUUUUCGCUUGAAUAACAAAACAAGUCGCAAAUCCAAACGCACGAGCUCGUUACUCUCUCUCUAUCUAUCUGAUAAAAGGGAAAGGGCAUAUCAGAGCUUUAGCGGAGAAAGAAUCCAUAAAAACUCCAAAAAGAAUAGAAGAAAGACCUUUAAUUGACCUCAAUCUAGACCGUCAGAUCCCGCUGUCGACGGUGAUCGCCAUGUCCACCUUCUCCACCGCCACGACGGUCCGAUCCACUGUCGUCUUUCUCUUUGCUUUCGUUUCUCUCAUCUCCCUUUCUCCGGCGCUCGCCUCCGAGUCGGAUCACAAGUAUCAACCAGAUGAACCAGUUACUCUUUGGGUGAACAAAGUUGGUCCUUAUAAUAAUCCACAAGAAACGUACAACUAUUACAGUCUUCCAUUUUGUCAUCCUUCUGGCAGUGCUGCACACAAAUGGGGUGGCCUUGGUGAGGUCCUAGGAGGAAAUGAACUUAUUGAUAGCAAGAUUGACAUAAAGUUCUUGAGGAAUGUCGAAAGAAGUACAAUUUGUUCACUUGACCUCGAUGAAUCAAAAGUCAAACAGUUCAAGGAUGCAAUUGAAAACAACUAUUGGUUUGAAUUCUUCAUGGAUGACCUGCCGUUGUGGGGCUUUGUUGGUGAGUUGCAUCCUGACAAGAACAGUGAUAAUGGCAAGCAUGUACUUUACACCCAUAAGAGCAUAACUGUUAGAUAUAAUAAAGAUCAGAUUAUUCACGUAAAUCUUACACAAGAUAGUCCAAAGCCUGUAGAAGCUGGUAGAAUAUUAGACAUGACAUAUUCUGUGAAAUGGGUUUCGACUGAUAUCACUUUUGCACGUCGUUUUGAUGUGUAUUUAGACUAUCCUUUCUUUGAGCACCAGAUCCAUUGGUUCUCCAUUUUCAAUUCAUUCAUGAUGGUUAUCUUUCUCACUGGUUUGGUGUCAAUGAUAUUGAUGCGGACUCUUAGAAAUGACUAUGCUAAGUAUGCGCGGGAAGAUGACGAUCUUGAUUCUCUGGAAAGAGAUGUUAGUGAGGAGUCUGGUUGGAAACUUGUCCAUGGGGAUGUUUUCCGGCCACCUCGUAAUUUAGUAGUUCUUUCUGCUGUUGUUGGUACUGGUGCUCAGCUGGCACUGCUUGUGCUGCUUGUCAUAUUGUUGGCAAUUGUUGGAACACUAUAUGUUGGGAGGGGAGCAAUUGUCACGACUUUCAUUGUGUGCUAUGCCCUUACAUCAUUCAUUUCGGGUUAUGUGAGUGGGGGCAUGUAUUCACGCCAUGGCGGUAAAAAUUGGAUAAAGUCGAUGAUCCUCACAGCUUCUCUAUUUCCAUUCAUGUGCUUUGGGAUUGGGUUUAUAUUGAACACAAUUGCUAUAUUCUAUGGGUCUUUAGCAGCUAUUCCCUUUGGCACCAUGGUUGUGGUUUUCGUAAUUUGGGCUUUCAUCUCCUUCCCUCUUGCGCUUCUUGGUACGGUUGUCGGAAGAAAUUGGAGUGGCGCACCAAAUAAUCCAUGUCGUGUGAAGACCAUUCCUCGACCAAUCCCUGAGAAGAAAUGGUACCUCACACCAUCUGUAGUCUCAUUGAUGGGAGGACUACUACCUUUUGGUAGCAUAUUCAUUGAGAUGUAUUUUGUCUUCACUUCAUUCUGGAAUUACAAGGUCUACUAUGUAUAUGGCUUUAUGUUGCUGGUUUUUCUGAUUCUCAUUAUUGUCACUGUUUGUGUGACAAUUGUGGGAACAUAUUUCUUGCUCAAUGCUGAGAACUACCACUGGCAGUGGACAUCAUUUUUCUCUGCAGCCUCAACAGCUGUUUACGUGUACUUAUACUCAAUAUAUUACUAUUAUGUGAAGACAAAGAUGUCAGGCUUCUUCCAAACGAGCUUCUAUUUUGGAUACACUUUGAUGUUCUGCCUUGGUUUAGGGAUCCUUUGUGGAGCUGUUGGCUAUUUGGGGUCGAAUUUGUUUGUGAGGAGGAUUUACAGAAACAUCAAGUGUGACUAAAACACUCACCAAGGAGAAAGAGACCUGAGAGCUUCUCUGGGCACAUUCUUGUUGAGACAUUAAAUUUUGAUGAAGUCUCUGGUCUUUGUAAUGGAGGUUAGCAAAGCUACAAAAGAAUCCAAAUGUUUGACGACGGGGAAGUAUUCUUCUUUCUCUGGACUAGGGGAAAGCCCUGAGAUUGUUUUUGGUUUUUUCCCCGGCUGUAAGUGAAAUCCUUAAUUUAGAAUUCAGAGAUUGUUCUUAUAAUAUGUGAAGUUAGCAAAAUAUAUCAAACACCUGUCAUUUUUUCUCUCCUGUUUUACGAAUAGAUGUCCUAUGUAAGAACCAACGCCUAAUUCCCCUUUCCUUGAAUUUGUUUUGUUGUCUGCUCAUCUUCUGAAGUAGAAACUUUUCGGGGGGCCAAGUUUGAAGAAAAUGAAUUUUGUGCUUUAGAAUUGUAUGUGCAUACAUCUGUUGUUUCCAACUGCAACUAAUGCAUUGAUAUGUCAUUCCCUUUUCA